CAACUCUGGUUACCAACCAUGGUUAGAUAUGUCUAACUACAGUGACAACCAAAUGCACUGUGGGUUGUGCAGUGAAAAAGGAGACAACCUAACCACGUUCUGUGAAACCGAAACAAAUUACUCAUUACAUUUACAAUUUGUAGAGAGAGAGACUGAGGCGUAUGUUCAGCUGUUUCUUGGGAUUCUGCAGCGCCGUUGCUCACGAUCCUUGCCCCCACUCAUUUCAUAUGCAUUUCCCACCCAAAUAGAGGAGCAAAUAUCACUGAAAAAAGGCAUAAUUUACCAGUUUAAUUCUGCAGUGGAAGGUUGGUUGUGAAAUAAGCGAAAUUGGACAUGGGUUUUGGUUGAAUUUCAUAAAGAGUGGAUUUUUUGAAGCUGAAACGUGUAGUCAUGGCAAACAGAGUUCCUUUGUCGCAGCAGCAAUAUGGUUGUUUUCCAGCUGAAGGGGGUGGUGGAGCAAAAGAUGUAAUGUAUGAGGAAUUAUGGAGGGCUUGUGCAGGUCCCUUGGUGGAUGUUCCUCAGGUUGGAGAGAAGGUUUACUAUUUCCCACAAGGGCAUAUGGAACAAUUGGAGGCUUCAACCAACCAAGAAUUGAAUCAAAGGAUACCAUUGUUCAAUCUUCCAUCAAAGAUUCUUUGCAGUGUUUUCAACAUUAAUCUGCUGACUGAAGUAGACACUGAUGAGGUUUAUGCACAAAUUACUUUGAUGCCUGAAGCAGAUCAAACUCAGCCAAGAAGUCCUGAUAUCUCUUGUGAUGAGCCCCCUAGGCCUGUGGUUCACUCAUUCUGCAAGGUUUUGACAGCCUCGGAUACAAGCACCCAUGGCGGAUUCUCUGUUCUUCGGAAACAUGCUAAUGAAUGCCUCCCUCCCUUGGAUAUGACUCAGCAGACGCCAACUCAGGAACUAAUCGCCAAGGAUCUCCAUGGGAUCGAGUGGCAUUUUAAGCACAUAUUUAGAGGUCAGCCUCGGAGACAUUUGCUUACGACAGGAUGGAGUACGUUCGUUACUUCUAAGAGAUUAGUUGCUGGAGAUUCUUUCGUGUUUUUGAGGGGAGAGAAUGGAGAAUUGCGUGUUGGGGUCAGGCAUCACGCUCGCCAGCAAAAUUCAAUUCCCUCGUCGGUGAUUUCUAGUCAGAGCAUGCACCUAGGAGUGCUUGCAACGGCAUCUCAUGCUCUCUUAACUCAAACAUUGUUUGUCGUUUAUUACAAGCCGAGAACAAGUCAGUUCAUCAUAGGACUGAAUAAGUGUGUGGAAGCUGAGAACCACAGAUUCGGAGUUGGCAUGAGAUUCAAGAUGCGUUUUGAGGGGGAGGAUUCUCCUGAAAGGAGGUUUUCAGGCACAAUCGUUGGGGUCGAGAGUAUCUCUUCUCAUUGGGAAGAUUCUAAAUGGCGGUCAUUGAAGGUUCAAUGGGACGAACCUGCAUCAAUUCGAAGACCAGAAAGGGUUUCACCUUGGGAAAUCGAACCAUUUGUGGCAUCUGUACCAACCAACCUAUCCCCACCACUGAUGUCAAAGCACAAAAGAGCUCGUCCUCGUGUUGAAAUCCCAGUUUCUGGUUCGAUUUUCCUUCCAAUAAAUGAGUCACAUCAGACGAAUCAUGGUCUUGAAGGACACAAGGGCAAUCACACGGCUAGAUCUGUUGCAGAAACAUGUACGGCCGCUCCUCCUAAUACAAUAACUGAAGAAGCAGAAGAGAGUAAAACUGCAUCAGCUUGGUCCAUUAUUUCAAAUUCGUCGGCUCUGAGUUCUGUGAAACAGAUCAGUAGCCCUGUGUCCUGCCAGACCGAGAGGAAACCGGAUACUGCUGUGACAUGCAGAUUGUUCGGAAUUGACUUGAAUAAUCCCUCAACAUUGCCACCUGCUGAGAAUUCUUCUAUGAUGUCAGACGACGCACCACAAGAAGGUGAAGGAUUUGUCACAAAACAGUCGAGAGCACCAAGAAAGGACACUCAGAGCCGACACGGUCAGUUCUCCAGAAGUCGCACCAAGGUGCAAAUGCAAGGGAUUGCAGUUGGCCGUGCAGUGGACUUGACCAUGCUGAAGGGGUAUGACGAGCUCAUAACUGAACUUGAAGAGAUGUUCGAGAUUAAAGGAGAGCUGCAGCCUCGAGAUAAAUGGGAAAUUGUGUUUACAGAUAACGAAGGGGACAUGAUGCUUAUGGGCGACGAUCCAUGGCUAGAAUUUGUCAACAUGGUUCGUAGGAUUUUCAUCUGUUCGAGCCAGGAGGUAAAGAAGAUGAAAGGAUGCGAAGGAACAAACCUCAUCACGCAACAUCUUGGUGAUUAAACUCUAUCGCUUGAUUGGCUUUCCCGUUGUUCCAUUGGAGAAGGGAUCGAAAAUUUCAUGUGGUUAACUAGCAAACUGGCACUAGCUUAGUUCGUGUCUCGAUUUUUUGAAUCUGUCGGCUUGUUUUAAGGUAUGACGAGAGCGGAUCAUCCCCCUCGUGUAGGUUGGUUAGAUUAUGUGCAUAUUUAGAGUUUGUUGGUUGGUUAGGAGAAUGUGGGCUCGUCUCUUGAUGUAUAUUGGCAAAAAAGUUGUGUUUGUUGAAUUAGCGCUUCUAUUUCUUGUGAGACUAUUUAUCAUCAUAAUCACAAGGUUUAUUGUUGUUAGUUGAA